ACUCCUCCACGCACCUUUCCCUACCACACACCGACAUGGCGUCCGCAGGCCUCCAGAUGUUCGGCGUCUUCCUGGCGACCGUGGGCUUCCUGGGCGACAUCAUCGUGUGCGCGCUGCCCAUGUGGAAGGUGACGGCGUUCAUCGGCAGCAACAUCGUGACGGCGCAGGUGUUCUGGGAGGGUCUGUGGAUGAACUGCGUGAAGCAGAGCACGGGCCAGAUGCAGUGCAAGGUCUACGACUCCAUGCUGGCGCUGCCCCAGGACCUGCAGGCGGCCCGCGCCCUGAUGGUCAUCUCCAUCCUGCUGGCCCUCAUGGGCCUCCUGCUGGCCGCCGCCGGGGGCAAGUGCACCAACUGCAUCGAGGACGAGCUGGCCAAGAGUCGCGUGGCCAUCGCGGCGGGCGUCUUCGUUAUAGCGGGCGGCAUCCUGUGCCUCAUCCCGGUGUCCUGGUCCGGCCACGUGGUCAUCCGCGACUUCUACAACCCCGUCAUCACCAACGCGCAGAGGCGGGAGCUCGGCGCCGCGCUCUUCAUCGGCUGGGGGUCCGCCGGCCUGCUGAUCAUCGGGGGGGCGCUGCUGUGCUGCCAGUGUCCCGGUCGCAAGGACGGUAGAUACUCUGUGAAAUACUCCGCGCCGCGCUCGGCCGCCAGUGGAGGCGCUUAUGUUUGAUUUGUUUAAUCUGCUUUAGUGAACUAUAUUCUCAUGAUUUUUAAUAAAUGUAACUUUUUAAUAUCAAGUUUUGUAGCCUGGAAGUUAAACCUGCUACAGUGGUAAGACCCUUCUUCGCUCUUAAAGUUGAGGGUGGGGAGCGUCUGCUCAAGCUAACUAACAAGCUAACUAACAUGAUUGUUUCUAUGUGCGCUUUUCCUCUGUAUUGAAGGCCACCUCAGGACUUUUGUGUUGAGAUUCAAACUGUCUUUUUGCAUCUGUGCCAAGUUCUAACAAAGGGAAAACACAUGGCCGCUUCAAGAUGAGCCACACCUGGAAACACCCCGCGGCUGCAGCAGAGUGAUUAAUUGAUUAAAUGUUUUACACUUCUGAAAACUGACUUCAGAACCUAUACAAAGCUCUAAAUAAAAUGAUUUGUAUUUAUA